GCAGCUUUGCUCAUAAAAUGGUUGUGUUGAUGAGAGGAGUGGGGAAGAGAUGGGAAAGAAGAGAAUGGAAUCCUUUAUGAUAUGCAUUCUACCAAGGAGGAAACUGAGACACGUUUCUGCUCCCGAUUUUACACGAAAACAAACCACCUGUUUAUAAAAAUAGCAGCAUUUCUGUAUGACCCCCCCCCCCCAAAGGAAAUCGGACUUAGAGAUGACUUGCCUAAAAUUGCGAAGAAGCCAGAGCUCUCAAUCUAGAAUUCGUGCUACAAACUAAAGUAUGGGCACCCAGCAAGCUACCACGCAAUCAUUGCUGAGGGCUUGUUGGAAAUCACGUUCCUUGGGCUCCAGCUCUGGAGAUUUGGCUUUGCUUCAGAUUGGGGAUGAGCAAUGUCAUUUGCAUUUUACCUGUUGCUAUAAUUGAUUCUGGGUUAUAAAAAAAAGCUGUGAACCAGUGUUCUAAACACCACACCACGCCGAAGGCUAUCAGUAAAUGGGGCUGUCACUCAAUUGUCUGUCCGUAGCCUAUUUGUCAUGAAACUUAAUCCCAGAGCAGAAGUUGCUACUUCAAGUCCUUUUUGAAACUGCGUGCAAAGAAUUUGACCACUUUUUUUUUUUCUGAUGCCAUAGCUCUAUACAUUUUCAGAUGGGCCUGUGGCCUCCAAACAGUUAAGAACCAUUCACUGCCCUACAAUCUUCAUAAUAUCUUCCUCUUUCAACACCUGCUUGAGGACAAAGUGUGAGAAACAAAACACCAUUUGACCUAACCCCCACACCACAGCUCUCUGCCGCUGAUAUAGCUCUUUUAUUUCCUGGCUAGGCUAGGUUGCUAGGUUGCUAGGUUGCCCUUCUGUGAGCUCUUCAGGGGACUUCUCCUUUGCUGGAUUUGGCAUCACUAGCCCCAGGAAGGAGCAACUCCAUGGAAACAGCAUGCAAGGCUGUCCAAAGCGAAUGGGCUGUGAAGCCAGAGGCUAGAAAACCUACUCCAUUUUUUCCUGCUUCUGGUUCUUAGACAGCAGGUUACACUUCUCCCAUGUAGAUGGUGGCUAGGAGGCCCCUGGAGGGCUUACACUGGACUCUUGAUGCCUGGAAGCAUGGGAACCAUUUGAAACCCUGCAAUUGCCAUUGGCUUUGACUUCAACCUGCUAAGGUAGUUCACUUAUUCCUGCCUGCCUUCUUAUUUACAACGGUAGUGAUUAGAAUCUUAUAAGCAAUCCAAAUUUGGAAGGAUGCACCUUCUCUAUUGAUGUCUUUCUUUUGGGGGUGGAACAGUGGAAGGGGGGUAAAGUAGAAAGCAUUGGAGGCACAUAGGAGACAGGCAGUUCACCUGGCAGAGUUAGGGCUGGAAGUGGGAGUACCUGGUAGGUUUCCUUCAUAUCUUGCUCUGCUCUCUAGUAUCAUGUCAGACAACAACCUCAUAGCAGACCCUUGUUUUGUGUUUCCACUAGCUUCAUCACCAAAGUAGAUGUUCUGUUGGACCAUGUGAGUAAGAUCCAGGAACUAAAGGAGAGACUUGAGAGUUCUGAUAAGAAAUAAUGAGAAGAAUGGAUUGUGUAUAGGUUCAGAGGUUGAAGAAAGAAUGUUUUAGAGCAAAGUUACUAUUAGCAAAACCCUUCGGGAUGCAGAACAUCUCUUAUCUCUGGCCACAUGGAUAGGAGUGUGCACCAAAGGAUGGUUCUAAUGAGGCCACAUUUUCUGAUUUGGACAAAUGAACCUUAAAAGCUUGAGGGUUAGGAGGUAGAGCUUUCAGACGAAAUAAUAGUGGCUACUUUUGGCCGCAGGCUUCCUCUGUGCCAGGAACUUUCCAUUGGUUAUCUCAUUUAAACUUCUUGGCAGCCCCUGCUGACACAGACAUCACACACCAUUUUUCAGCAUAGAAAAUUGAGUUUCGAGGAAGUAAAGUGGCUUGCAUAAGGCUGUGCUACUUGGAAGUGGAGCCACUGGGAUGCUAGCCCAGGGCUGCCCAACUCCAGAAUCCAUGAGUACUUUCCAUCUCCAUGUUGAGGGGGAAAUGUAGAUGUAUCCUGCAGUUCUGGGGAUGCAGUGCAGCAGGAGAGUAUCUUCUUUGUAUGUAAAAAGUAACCCUGAUUUUGAUCCCUAACAUUGAAGAGGAAAGAAAAAUAGGAUAAAAUAAAGCAUUCUAGUAGAAGGUCCUAGAACAGCCAGCAUGUGUGGUUUUUGUCAUCAUUUGACCUUUGCUGCUACCACUUCACUUGGAAAAAAUGUACUGUACAGCACAGGCUCUUUAUAGUUGUGAUUACAUGCAAUUUUCAUGAACAUCACUUUAAAAAUAGUGAUACAGGGGGUGAGGUGGCUGCUGAUAAGGGUGAUUGUUGCUCAGCCUGAUGACCGGAGCUCAGUCUGGGAACCUAUGAGGUAGAAGAAGAGAACCGAGAGCCCCAAUUGUUCUCUGAUCUCCACAAGCACAGGGUACCACUCUGUCCAUCAAAAUAGGAAAGAAAUAUAAAUUAAAACAAUAAUGAUAUUUAGGUUCAGAAGGGUUGGAAAGAAUCGGCCAAGGUCAUAAUAGCAGAGCAAAAUUCAAAGGUAGGAUUGUCUGACUACAAUGUUCUCUAUAACAUACAUCAGCGGGGAAAAUAAACAUGGCCCUCUUUACGACUCCUUGUGUUAGCCUCUGCUCUGUCUGGUUUUUGUUUGUUUGUUUGUUUGUUUGUUUGUUUGUGCGGGGGUGGGGUGGUAGGGGAAAAGGAUUGGGCUUUUUUGUUGUUUUGCUUUGUUUUGUUUUUUUAAAACCCUCUACGAGGCUACCAUAGGCUGUUCUGUCUUCACAGAAUAUAUGUUCCUGAAGAUCAGUCAGGACCAGAUGAAGUGCCUUGCAGGAAUACAUCUGGUGUUCUUAUGGGAGCCAGGGAAGGUCUUUCUUCUAUGGAUGUGAAGGACAAGCAUAAUGUUCUAGGCCAGUGUUUUCCAACCUUCCUAAUGCUGUGACCCCUUAAUGCAGUUCCUCAUGUUGUGCUGACCCCAAACCAUAAACUUAUUUUUAUUCCUGCUUUAUAACGGAAAGUUUGCUGUUAUGAAUAGUAAAUAUCUGCUAUGCAUAUUAUCUCAGACAACCCCCUGAGAAAGGGUUCUUUAACCCAAAAAGGGGUCGUGGCCCACAGGUUGAGAACCAGUGUUCUAGAAACACCUAUCCCUGCCAACAUUAGUUUUUGUCCUUUAGGUCUCUUGCUCAGUGUAAACCACCUAUUUGCACUUAUCCUCCUAACAAGAGGUGACUUAUUUAAGGCUAGAGUACCACCUCUUUCCAGAGAACAUUUUUAUUAACACAUAUUAAGGGCACAUUUUAGUACACGAGGAAGUCUUGAAAACUCCUAUGGCGAUAAUGAACUCUGACUUGUGUAGAUCUUUAGCAUUUGAAUGGGGUUCAGUGGGCUGUUGCCUUAUACGAAUACAAUAUUCACCAUCAUAUCGAACUAUCCUUCUUAUACCCCACUACCUUCCCAAUCCCUAACAAUUACUGUUCUACUUACAAGUCUACAUUUUUUUUAGUUUCCACUUUAUAAGAGCAUGCUUUUGUAAAAAAAUAAAAUAAAGUAAAAUAAAAAAGUUUAAAAAAAGAGCAUGCUAUAUUUGAAGUCCUCCUGGUCUUGACUAGUUACACUUUGCACGGCAUCAUCGAGUUUCUUCCACCCUGAUGGAGAUGAUAGGGUUUGCUCUUUUUUUUUUUUUUUUGGUGGCAGAAUAAUACUUCAUAUACUAAUCUACACACCUCAUGUUCAUUAUCCAUUCAUUUGUUAAUGGGUAUUUACACUGAUUCUGUAAUAAUCAUUGUGGAUAAUGUGGCAACAAACUUGGACAAUUCAGAUGUCUCUUUGGUACGCCCGUUAAAUAUUGUCCAGGUAUAUACUCAGGAGCGGAAUAGCUGAGCCAUCUACUUUCUUUUUGACUUUUUUGAGGACCCUUAGUACUGAUACUUGUGGUGUCUGUGCUAAGCUGCAUUUCCAUAAACAGUAUAUAAUGGGUGUGUUGUCUCCACGUCCUUGCCAGCAUUGAGUUUUCCUUGUUCUGCGUAAAAUAAAUUGUUCUUAAUCUCCUUUGACCAUGUAAUUUUUAUUUUGUUUUCCAGUGUGAGUGAGUCCAUUGCUGAACUGUCUACCCGACUAAAUUCCCACAUCCUUGAGGACAGCUUCUUCCAUCUGUGUCCAUCUGUGUUCCGCAUGGAGGAGCAGGACAACACUGCUGGGAAGAAGCUGCAGCACCAGACCCGAGCAGAAGCUCCAGGAACGAAAAGCUGGCAGUCACAGGCCUACACCCUUGGGGCGAUUUCCAACUUUAUGUCUACUUUCCUGACCUUUCCUAUCUAUAAGGUUGUGUUCCGGCAGCAGAUCCAUGCUGUGGCCCUGUCAGAGGCUGUGAAACAGCUUUGGCAUGAAGGCCCUCAGUACUUCUACCGGGGCAUCUACCCUCCUCUUCUCUCCAAGACCCUCCAAGGGACUCUGUUGUUUGGCACUUAUGAUAGUUUGCUGUGCUUUCUUUCCCCGGUUGGGCCACACUCCCUUGGACAGCGCUGGACUGCAGGGCUCAUGUCAGGUGUAGUAGAAGCUGUAGCACUCAGCCCCUUUGAAAGAGUACAGAAUGUGCUUCAAGAUGCUCGAAAGCAAGCUUGCUUCCCUAGCACCUUCAGCAUUCUCAAGGAAUUCAAUUCUUACGGGCUCUGGGGCAGGCUGUCACUGGGCUAUUAUCGGGGUUUCUGGCCAGUCCUUGUCAGAAACAGCCUGGGAAGUGCUCUCUAUUUCUCCUUCAAAGAUCCUAUCCAGGAUGGCUUGGCAAGGCAAGGCCUGCCCCAUUGGGUUCCUGCUUUGGUGUCUGGUAGUGUCAAUGGAACAAUCACCUGCCUGAUUCUGUAUCCUCUGAUGGUGCUAGUUGCCAAUAUGCAGUCUCAUAUUGGAUGGCAGAGAAUGCCAAGCCUGUGGGCCUCUGCCCAAGAUGUGUGGGACACUCGAGGUAGAAAAAUCCUGCUGAUUUAUAGAGGAGGAUCCCUGAUCGUCCUCAGGUCCAGUGUGACAUGGGGCCUCACUACUGCUAUCCAUGACUUCUUGCAGAGAAAGGCUCACACCAAGAAAGAGAUGACAGACUGACUAAAGGAAGUGUGGCUAUGGUGUCUUCUAAAUCUUUCUGUGUUGGUCGUGUUUAGUAUAUUUCUUUGGCUUGGUUACCUGAAACAAGCACUAUCUGUAAACUGUCACUGCAUGGGAGAAGCGCCUAACUUUCCACCUGUUAGUCACAGACAAAGCCUACCAGGAUGCCUUGGUCAAAGAAAGUCUCCCUAGUCUAUACGCAGCAUAAGUAGCCUCAGAACCUGAAGCCUUUAAGUAAGACUUUAAAAAAGCUGUAGCCCAGAUUAAAGGUCAUGCCUUCAAGGAUUUUUUUUUUUAAUAAGAGGAAACUUUAAAAGAGGACUCUGCUCAGUACUGUAAACCUGGGGUCCUUCUGUGUGUCCUUCUGACCAAACUGAGUGGAACUCCAAGCUCAAGGAACUACACUAGGCUUUGAGGACAACUUCAGAGAUGCCUAUAUUUUACUGACAUUUAUCACUGCCUCUACCACAGCCAUUCUCACUUCCAAGUUAUAGGUUCCAUUGUCAGGGUAUCUGCUCUGAUUAGAAGCCCUAGAUUAGGCUCACUUCCACCCGUCAGAUGCCACAAGAACUGAUGAUGCUGAAUAUGGGGCUGAGAAAACAAUUGGUGCCUGGAUAGAAGGAAAAAUGCUUUGAAUAAAGAAAUUUAAUUAAUUUAAUUAUAUGCCAAAUAGAGAAAAUAUUAUUAUAGGUAGUUUGACACAAUCAUAUAUACAUAUAUAUAUAUAUAUAUAUAUAUACAUAUAUAUAUAUAUAUAUAUAUAUAUAUGAUUAUGUUACCUUUAAGUUUCUACAAGAAACCUGGAACUAGCAUGAACAUAUCUCUUCAUAAUUAAUUGCUAAUUCUGUUGAUAUGGACAGCUAUAUAGUAUAAUGAUCAUAGCCUGUCAUUCAGAGCCAUUGUCAAUAUGGACCCCAUAUAACUUUAUGCAUAUCAUUACCCCAUAAGCAUGGGCAGCUUAAUCCAGCCAAAUGCAGUGUUUUUCACUCCCCAAACAUUCCAUGAAUUUACUCAAGGCCAUACUCUGCCCCACACCGUUUUUUCCACUUGCACUGCCCUCCCCCAAUAAAAGGCCUCCAAUUUACUAAAGUCCAUCUCCAAUGCCACUGUCUGUAUGGACCCCCUUCUCUACCCCCCUCAAAAGUGAAUGUGACAUUAGUUUUGUGAUAAUUCUUUUUAGCACCUCAUCAACAUGCACUGAUCCCAUUAUGUCACUGGUCCCAUGUGGUCCUAAUGUUUUUUCUGUUCUUCAAUACCUCUACUAGUCUGUAAACUUCUUGAAAGCAGGGAUGCUUGUAUGCAUUUUUUAAUCCUCCAUUGUGCCUAGGUGCUCAAUAAAGUUGGUGAAUUAUGAAAUUGAUUAUCAAGCUGUGAUAUGGUCUCUAUCCUCAGGGUGCUAUCCCUAUCACAUGAAGAUAAAGUUACUGACUCAUUGUCAACAAGACACAUGCCGUUGGGGUGUGUUUGUUUUCUUUUAAUAGUGGAUUUAGUUUUGUGCUAAUUAUGAUGCCAAUGAUAAUAACAAUGAUAAUAAAAUGAUGUUCAAGCACAAUA